AUGCAGCUACUUGCUUCACAGGCUGCCGGCAUGGCCAAGACUGGACAGGGUCCUCUCGGUGUGAUCUUCCUUGUCAUUAUUAUGACUUGGCUCGGCCCUAAGGAUCUCGCCUAUACUGUUGACCGCCGUGGUGUAGACGAGUCCAAUAUCUUCUGCAGUGUUGGGCAACCCGUGUCCGGCUACAACAAAACGGCCAUCAAUUCGUACUGA